AUGAGGGCUCGUCGUGCGAAGCAUCAGAUUCUCCAGCUCUCCAACACCACUCCAUCUCCAAUUAUCGAGGACAAGAGGCGCUCAACUAGUGAGCCGACGAGAAGGCAGGCGCCGAGUGAUUCUAAAGGGACCAACCAACGUCAUCACCGGACACCGCCUGCCUCCAGCUCACCACAAGUUGUGACAUUUGGAGAGUGUACCGUCAAUGGAGUGAUGAUAAAGCACCACAAGGACAAAAAUGGAACCGUUGUAAGCAGAGAAGCUUCGCUUCUAACGAUCGAGUGCGAUAUUUCGCCGGCUACAAUGGACGAGUUGGUGCAAAUUGCAAAUCAAUCACAAGAGAUGGCAAUGUCUAUAACUCAUGGGUAUGCUGCAGCACAGCACUACAUUCGCCGUCUUGGUGAUCCAAUCGUUCCACGAUUUACAUCGAUUCGAUAUGUGACCUCAUCUCGUCUGCGAGGACCUAGCGGUGUUUUGGCCACUGCACUCUCUGUGAUUUUCGCUGUGAAAGGAUGGUCUAUGCCGCACGACAUUCUUGUGACAGGGUCACUUGGAACAGGAGGCAAAGUGGAAAUGGUCGGAUCUAUCAAAGAAAAGGUGAAAUUGGCACGGAACAUGAACAUGACGGCAAUAGUUCCACUUGGCAACCUUGAUGAAGUUCCAAAGAUGUUGAAGGAUGAAGUCAUAACGGUCUCCAGUUUGAAAGAAGCAGUCGAAAUAAUUCGCAUGCGUAUUGGCUCUAAUGAUAUUUCAUGCUGAAUAUUUCAUGCUGAGAUCUAUUUUACAAAAUAAACCAAUUGGCUUGUAA